GUCUUCAUUUUGCAUCAGCUACAACCAGUCUUAAAACUGAGACCAAAGUGGACACAAGUGAAAAUGAGAUUGUUGCCCCAGACUUCACUAACAGGAAUCCUCGGAACUUGGAGCAGUUAGCCCUGGCUAGGAAGGAGCGUGGCUGGAAGACAACAUGGCCAAAGCGUGAAUUUUGGCAUAGAUUACGGCUUGAGCGGACACAGCAUUAUGUAGAAGCCUUCGUUGAGCGCUGCAAUGGGGAUGUUGUGGUAUCUGCCUCAACCCGAGAGUGGGCCAUAAAAAGACACCUCUACAGUCCCAAGGGAGUAACAGCAUGCAAAAACCUUGGCCGCGUAAUGGCACAGCGGUGUUUGGAAGCAGGAAUCAAUUUUGUGAACUUUAAAGCAGUUAUCCCCUGGGAAAAUCGUUGUGACUCGAUUCAAGAAUUCAGAAACGCUAUGGAGGAGGGUGGUGUCAUUCUGCGUGAGCCACGAAGAAUCUAUCAGUAA